UUACACAUUACAUCCACACAACACAACAUAACCUCGUAAAUCUCACUUCGUCGAGUCAACCACAUUUUGAUUGAUAUAGCCUAUGGGAUUUAUUGGUUGUUAUUGUGUACAUUUAAUUACGUACACAAUAUAGUAUUGAACGCAUAUUUCUCACAAUUAACUAGAUAUGGAUGAAUCACACAAGGAUAUAAUUACAGUUGAAGACGGAGAUGAAAAGAGCAGUAAAGAUUUUAUGGACAUUGUCAAGGAAGGAUAUGAUGCACUAAUGCCAACUAUCAGGGCAUCCAACAGUCUACCCAAAGGACAGCAAUGGGAUUUAUUCUGCACAUCUCCAAAAUUUAAAGAUGUCAUGGACUCCCUUGGGAAUAAAGCUUUGGAACUGAUGGCUGUAAUUCUUCAUCAUCAAGGUGUGAAUCGGGAUAUAAGAAAAAGAGACUUGGAAGAGAAAUAUGAAUUGGUGGUCGAAGCUAAUGAUAAAAUUUUAGAAAGAGUGGGUACACAUUUAGAUGAACUUUCUGGUAUUAAAAGAAACAACCCAUCUGGCUUUUCAUCAGACAUAGUUGUCAGCCAAGUGAGUGCUGCUAGUGGGAGUUGGAAUAGAGACAUCGCUAAUUCUGCUGCAUGGAAAGAAGUUAGACACUCCAAGAAUCCUGAGAAACCAAUGGUUUUAAAGAAUGCCCGCGUAACUCAGCGCCCUCAGGUCAAGUUUCAUGAUAAAAUUGACAACAGUUCUGUGCCAUUUGAACCCAGGAUUAAAGAAAAACCGAAUUCACUAAAGCCUUUGGCCAUACUUUUGGAAUCACUUCCUAAUGAAGAUGCUUGUUACAGUCACCCAUAUGAGUUUGAAAUAGAAAGAUUUCAAGAUAAAAUUGAUUCAUUCGACUUGGAUCCCAAAAAACCUACACCUCCCAAGCCUAUUGAAGAAACACCUUUAUUGACAAUAACCCAAGAAGAUCAAUUAAUGGACAUGCUUAAGGAUCUACAUUCACAAAAAGAAAUUGCUGUGGACUUGGAGCACCACUCAUACCGAUCAUUCCAAGGAUUUACAUGUCUCAUGCAGAUCUCCACGCGUGAGAAAGAUUACAUUAUAGACACUUUGGAAUUAAGACACAAGCUAUAUGUUCUCAAUGAAGUAUUCACCAAUCCCAAAAUUGUCAAGGUGUUCCACGGUGCUGAUAGUGAUGUUCAGUGGCUACAACGUGACUUGUGCUUGUAUGUUGUCAACAUGUUUGACACAUAUCAAGCCUCCCUGCUACUUUCUCUGCCGAGGCUCAGUCUGGCUUUCCUCCUUAAGACAUUCUGCAAUAUUGACGCUAACAAGCAUUUCCAGUUAUAUGACUGGAGGACAAGACCACUCUCUAAAGAAGCCAUAAAGUAUGCUCGGGAAGACACCCAUUACUUGCUAUAUAUCUACGAUAUGCUGUGGAACAAACUCUUAGAGAAAUCCAGUGGUGGCCCUCAACUACUACAGAGUGCUCUCUUCCGCAGUGCAGAUACUUGCAAGAAGAGGUAUUGGAAAUCAAUAUUCAAGGAAAACAGCCAUGAGCACAUGUACUAUCAGAGCAAGAAGAAUUUUGACAACAGGCAAAUGUUUGCAUUUAAGGAGUUGUAUGCAUGGAGAGACAAGACAGCAAGAGAAGAAGAUGAAAGUACUGGGUAUGUAUUACCAAAUCACAUGUUGCUGUUGAUUGCUGAGAAGCUGCCCAAGGAAAUGCAGGGCAUUCUUGCUUGUUGUAACCCUAUUCCUCCUCUAGUCAGGCAAAAUCUAGUUCUCCUUCAUCAACUCAUUCUGAAAGCAAGAGAACAACCAUUAGUUGCAGAGGUUGCUUUGAAGUUAAAUAGUGAGAACCAUGCCAGGCCAGUUCCACAAGCAAAUGUGAACCUCGAUGGAGCUCUUCACUGCCCCCAUGACCUGACACACAGUAUGGACUUUCGAGAUGACUUGCCAACACUCCUCAACAACGCUCUCAGCAUUGACACGAAUCACAAUGCUACAUUACUACAGAGCAAGCCUACUCUGUCUGUGUUUGGCGAUGAGGAUGCAAGUAAGGAACCUGAAGGUAACAAUUCGUCCAAAGUAAAUUUACCAAACCAAAUACAUUUUAUGAGCCCAUUUGAGCGCUACAAAAAAAUGUUAACAUACUUGGAAGAUGAAAAGAAAAAAUCAAAAGAAGAAAGGGAACAAGAGCUUAUCAGAGACACACAAAAACUACUGGAUGAGUGUAUGAGAGAGAAGCAGCGAAGUUCUGCUGCAGGAACUUGUGAGAUUUUAGAAAGCCCAGCUGAUGAAGUAUUAAAAGUCAAGGAAGAAACACAGGAUUACAACCCAAGAAAACGAGAUCGUUCACAAGACAGUAGCAACUACAAUACUCCUAUUGGGAUAAAAUCAGGAAGCAAUCAUGGUGAAACCUCUCGCAAAUCUAAAAAGACUAAAAUUCUAAAUAAACCCAAGAUGACUGCAUAUGAAGAGUUCAAGGCACAACUUUUUAAUACACCUGUUACCAUAAAAAAUGAAGAUGACGCAUCUGUUAGGAUUAAAAACGAAGAUGAUACAACCGUUGACAGGUGUUCUCCUCCAAAAAAGAGGAAAGUUAACAAUAAAAUUGAAGUUGUACCAGUUAGUGUUGGCAAGAAACCCAGUAGCAAGACUGUUACCAAUAAGACUUCAUCAGAAACCUUUAUUAAGUAUGAUUAUAGUCAAGUUGACUUCAGCAAAUUUCAGAGUCCUCAGCUGUCCGCAAUUCCUAAAAGUAGCCAGUCCAAAUUUAAACAUAAGGGUAAAAAGAAACAACAAAACAAAUCUUUCACCUUUGUCAGGCAAUACGGAAACAACAGUGGUAAAAAAUGAACUUGGACUCUACACAUGAGAGAAUCAACAUUGAGACCUGUAAAUUUGGACUCUGUAAAUAAAGUAUAAGAUUUGUUACUAUUUCAAA